AUGGCGGUGCCCUUCACGCAUAUUCGUUUUCUGCUGCUCAUGCAGGUCGUGUGUCGUGGUGCUUCAUCGCUAUUGCAACGCAACGUCAGCAAAGACACGGAACAUCCCCCACCAUCGGCUACGCCUGUUUUCGCCUUCAACUCGGAUCUUCUCGACGACACCACUCUCGCAACGUGUCCGGCACCCGCUUCUGGCCAGUGUCCGAUCCCUGCCUACGAACCUUGGGAGGACAGUUUCGGUGUCUUCAGCCUACAAAAGGCGGAAAUCGACAGUCUCGGCUUGGGGCGUGGAACCGGCACAGUCAUGGCGGUGCCCUUCACGCAUUUUCGUUUUCUGCUGCUCAUGCAGGUUGGUGCCAGCUUCUCUAAAUGUUCUAAAUUUCAUUUUGCUCUUCUGCCGGUUCCACCCCAUGUUGUAUUUGCUAACGUUAGAUCACGCGGCUUGACCUGCCGAUUUCGGAAAGGUUUCGUGUUGCUGCACAAUUACGCUUUCUAUUUCUUAUUGCUACUGCUGUGCGGUGACGUUGAAUUAAAUCCCGGCCCUCUUUCUGCCGCGCAAGAAAAUCAGCUAGUUGAAGCAAUGCAACUAAUUCCUAGUAUGCACGAAGGACAAAAGACUGUAAUAAACGAACUGAAAGCCAUCAAAGAUUUGCAAACCACAUUCGAAAGAAAACUGGAGGGCUUAUUUUCUCGUAUAGCCAUAAUUGAGAGCGAUGUGGCUACAAUUAAACCACUGAGGGGAGAAUUUGAAGAACUUAAAGCGUCAAAUCGGGAACUCGAUACGCAGCUUAGAACAACAGCUUUACGUCAAGAAGAACUGGAAAAUCAAUCUCGGAGAAACAACCUGCUCAUCUACGGUUUGCCCGACGUGGCGGCUGAAACCUGGGAAGCUUCAGAGGCUAAGGCUUUAUCUUUUUUCGCCGAUAAGCUCGAUAUACACCUUGAAGCUACUAGCAUUGAACGAGCGCACAGGAUUGGCCGCUUUGCUGCUGAUAAAAACCGCCCUUUGAUUUCGAGGUUCCUGUCAUUUAAAGACAAGCAAAGGGUUCUUUCCAAGGCCUUCAAACUAAAACAAAGUGGUUUUUCUAUAAGCGACGAUUUUUCCCCUGCAGUACAGUUUGCAAGACGCAGACUUCUAGACUACGCCAGUGAGCAGAACGCGCAAUUUAAAUUGCGAUACAACAAGUUAACUAUAGGCAACAAAACGUAUAUGUACGGUCCAGAUAAUGACACUGUGUUCGAAAGUGCCCGGUAA